CGAAAACAACCGGAAACAGCCGACAAUAACCGACGCUCUGCUGGAAACAGUUGAAACAAAAUUGGCGCGAGUGUGCCACAAGAUCUGUUAUGAAGGGGACCCCAAGUCCCCUUUACAGGGGGUAGCCACAGCGGCUAGGUGAUGUCAGAUGGCGAGGAUGAGGAGGAGAUGGGGGUGGGAGAAGGCAGGACGGAGGCGGAGGCCGAGUUGGAGCCAGCCCUGGCCCUGACCACCCCCGCCAAGGGGCACCUGCAACCCCCCCGCGAGCGGGAGACAUGGGCCAAGAAGGUCGAGUUCCUCCUGGCUGUCAUCGGAUUCGCAGUCGACCUCGGCAAUGUGUGGCGGUUCCCCUACAUCUGCUACCAGAAUGGAGGAGGAGCGUUCCUUAUCCCCUACUGCAUCAUGCUUAUCUUCGGAGGUCUUCCCCUUUUCUACAUGGAGCUGGCUCUGGGGCAAUUCCACCGGUGCGGCUGCCUCACCAUAUGGAAGAGGAUCUGUCCAGCUCUCAAAGGUGUGGGCUACGCCAUCUGCCUAAUGGACGUCUACAUGGGCAUGUAUUACAACACGAUCAUCGGCUGGGCAGUCUACUACCUGUUUGCCUCGUUCCGCUCGGAACUGCCCUGGACCAGCUGCAACAAUCCGUGGAAUACGCUCAACUGCACCCCCAUCUUUGAGACCGGCCACAACACCUCUGUUAGUCCGGCCAAAGAGUUUUUCGAACGAAGUGUUCUCGAACAGGACAAGUCGAACGGCCUGGACAGGAUAGGGCCGAUCAAGUGGUCCUUAGCCAUCUGUGUUCUAGCUGUUUUCCUCCUGGUCUACUUCUCCUUGUGGAAGGGAGUUAGAAGCACUGGAAAGGCAGUGUGGGUGACAGCUCUAGCCCCCUAUGUUGUUCUUGUAAUACUUUUAGUCAGAGGCAUUUCAUUACCUGGAGCAAGUGAAGGCAUAAGAUACUAUCUCACACCUCAAUGGCACAAGCUCAAAUACUCAAAAGUUUGGAUAGAUGCAGCGUCCCAGAUAUUUUUCUCCCUAGGUCCAGGCUUUGGCACCCUUCUGGCUCUAUCAAGUUAUAAUAAAUUCAAUAAUAAUUGUUACAGGCUCACUAUCAAGUUUUUUGACAGUUUGGACAGCACGUUCGGCGGACUAGAAGCGAUGAUAACGGCGCUCUGCGACGAAUAUCCGCGAGUUCUGGGGAGGAAUCGGGAAAUUUUUGUCGCCGUUCUGUUGGUAGCAAUUUAUUUCUGCGCCCUUCCGACAACCACUUACGGCGGCGUUUACCUGGUGAACCUACUGAACGUGUACGGGCCGGGCCUGGCGAUUCUGUUCGUGGUGUUCGUGGAGGCGGCCGGCGUCUGCUGGGUGUACGGCGUCAACCGAUUCUCGUCAGACAUCGAGACGAUGCUCGGCCACCGGCCUGGCCUCUUCUGGAGGAUAUGCUGGGCCUACAUCAGUCCCAUCUUCCUACUGGUAAUUUUCGUGUUCUCGCUGAUGGGCUACGAGGAAAUGUUGGCGGGAGACUAUGUCUACCCCUCGUGGAGCAUCAGCGUCGGCUGGCUGUUGACCGCAUCCUCCCUCACCUGCAUUCCGGCCUACAUUCUUUACAAAUUCUGCAUCACUCCCGGCUCUUUCUCUAAGAGGUUAUCGAUCAUCAUGAAACCAGAGGAGAUAUCGGAAACAACAGCAAUCAAUGCCUCCUAUGGAACUGGCACCCACGUUUGACGGGAGUGGUUGGUCUAACUUAGCAAGUUUAUUUCUGCCUCUGUACGUAAACUCCAUCGACAAAUAAUUUAUUUUGAAUAACUCAAUAUUUUGCAAUUAUAUCAAAUAGCACCAGGUUUUUCCAGGGUACACCUUACCACUUCUGUCCUCACGUACCUAAACAUUUUGGAUCAAACUUGUGUAGAGUACCUACUAAUAGUGUGAGCAUAAAAUUUUUGAAACUCAAAGAACUUCUGAAGUAACUUGAUGCUUUUUGAUAUCAUCAAUUGAGAUUUUUUUCCACAAACCAAGAGGAUCGGGUGUAUACUUCCAACAUAGAAAUUUUAUUAGUACCUUUCAUUUUUGAAAUCUCUUUCUCUGACAGCCUUCUGUUGAGAAAGAAAACUUUUGAAAUGUGGGAUUUCUAGGAAAAGUCAUGAACUAUCUCCUUCUCUAAACAAGUUUUUUUUAAAUAUCAGUUUAUGGUAAAUCAUUAUCCCAUUGCUUCUAUUCUAUUAAUAUUUAUUAUUAAUUUAUUCCUGUUGAUUCUCUCCCAAUCAUUAAUUUGAUAUUGUUUUUGUGGAAAUAAAUAAAUAUUGGUUAUGCACUCAGCAAUCUAUUUCCAAUUCUCUAUUUCUUUUAUCAAUAUUUUUCAACAAAAACUUGUAGACUACUCCCGUUCUAGACAAGGAAGGUCAAUUACUGUUAUUAUUGAUUAGUUUCUUUUUGUUUCUUUUUUAUUUUUUGGGAAAGGUUUGUGAUUGCCAGGGGAAUGUGAGUAGCUGAGAGAAAGAUCUAUAUGAAGUUUGUAAUUGAGUAAAAACUAUUAGUGGGUUAUGUUGGCUCUGCUACUAUGUUAAUUUUUAAAAAAUAGUCGACUGGAAAAUUUGGGUUUCCUGUUCCAUUUUUGUAAUCCAACCACAUUGCAAGAUAGACAUUGCAAAGUAUGCAAUACUAUGAAACUAUGGCAUAAUUAUAAUAGCAAAGAAUGUAUUUUGACUUUGGCUUGAAAAAGAAGGUUAGAGAACAUUAUAUUGAAUAAGGUUCCAGUAAUCUUCUUAAAAGGGGAAAAAUUUAAUAUUUCCAGGCUGAUUAAUACCGUACAUGAAUUCAUGAAUUCGGAUAAAAUAAUAGAAACUGGAAAGAAUGUAUUUUGACUUGAGCUUGAAGAAAUAUUUUAAAGAAGAAUAUCUUGAAUAAGGUUCCAUGAAAGCCUCUAAAAGGGGGAAAAUUAUUAAUUUCAGGCUGAUUAAUUCAUAAAUUCUUUCUAAUAUUACUUGAAGUAGGUAAUGGAUGAAAUAAUAGAAACUGGAAAGAAUAUAUUUUGACUUGAGCUUGAAAAAUAUUCAAGAGAAAAACAUCUUGAAUAAAGUUCCAUACAAGCCUCUAAAAGGGAAAGAAUUAUUAAUAUCUGGUUGAUUAAUUCAUGAAUUCUUUCCAAUAUUACUUGAAUUAAUGGAUAAAAUAAUAAAAACUAGGAAGAUUGUAUUUUGGCUUUGGCUUGAAAAAAAAUGUUAUAUUGAAUAAGAUUCCAGCAAGCUUCUAAAAAGGGGAAAAAUUAGUAUUUCCAGGCUGAUUAUUUCAUGAAUUCUUUCCAAUAUUACUUGAAGUAAUGGAUGAAAUAAUAAAAACUGGGAAGAAAGAAUUACCUUACCUAGUAAGUGAAAGAGCAGUACCGGUAUCUCUUCUCUUUCAAAAUAGGCAGUUCAUAUUUUUAACCCAAUAUUAUAUUUCUCUUGACAAAAUCCAUAGCACUCUGAUCUAGUCCCACAAUUCAAAAGUUUCCUGUACAUUAUUGUAAUUAAACAACAAGAUGAAUAUUUCAAUAAAUUUUUGAACCACCCGAUUCUCAUGUAAAUUUUGUAGAUAAAUAAGGCGUUUUUAUAUAGCUGUGAUGUGGCCCCCUUGUAUAUUUGUAGAAAUGAAUCAGCCAAACAAUAAUCUAUCGUAAAAGCUUCUUGUCUCGUGAAAUUCUAGUGUUAAUAUUCGAAAAAAAUAAAGUCUGCCAUUUAUCUGCACAAUAGAUAUGAAGCGAUGUUGUGAUGUUGUUAUAUAUUAUUGGAUAUUGAUAUUAUGUAUUUUAAUAUAAUAUAAUAAACUUACAAUCUCGGCUUGCUCUUCCCCAUAGCAUAUAUUAGUAUUAGAAUAUCAAUAACAAAACAUGGAAUAUGAUUGUUCUGUUAUGUAGCACAAUGGUUGUAGCUUUAAGUUGAGCUUUCUAAUAAAAUAUGAUAGAUUGUUGUUCAAUGAUCUCCAUUAUAAUAUUUGAAUUAGGCGAUAUGGUACAGUACUCAUUAAAUAAUUGGUCUUGUACAAGAAUAUAAUAACAAACGCUUAUAGUUGAUAAUGUUCAUAUUGUAGACAUCUUUGCUUAACCAAUAAUAUAGAAAAUUGAUGUUGACAUUUUAUUUAACAAUAUUUUUGAGUUAAACUUUCUGAAAAAACUGCUGUAGUGACUAUCAAAUAAAAUAACUUAUCUAGAAACGUAGGCCACUUCGGUAACUAUAAAAUCUUACUCGAUAAUAUAAUAUAUUUAUGUGGUCAUAUUAUAUUAUAUUGAUGUGAAAUAUAAAGUGGGAUAAGUGUGAGUGGGUGUAACAAUAUAUUUAUUGCAACAUAAUGAUAGAUGUUCAAAUAUAAUAUAUUAAUUUUGUAAUGUAGAUAGAUAUAUACAUCAUUGCAAAUAAAAUCUAAAAGUUCCUAACAGCCAGGGAGCUUUUAAGUUUGAUAUUUGGACUUUUAUAAGCAGUAAAAUAGUGUUAUAUUAUAGUCAUGAAUUUGAGAUAAAUUUAUUGUUAUAAAAAUUCAGGGGUUAUAAUAAAUAACUGUAAUAACAAUCGUCGUCAAUAAUUUUCAAGAAUUUAUUGAACGUGUAUUGUAUGCAGUUAACUAAGCUAUUGUAUCGGUUGUUUAACACCAUAAAUGUUUUAUUGUGUCUACUAUAUACAGGUAAUGUUAAUCUAUCAGUAGGAUUGAAAUUUAUCAUGAAGUAAAUAUCUACUGGAGUCGAGCAUUAAUCUUGAUUAAGUGAAUGUUUUACAAAGCUCAUCCAGUAGUGAUCUUAAAAAUAAUUAUCGGAGUGAAAUAUAAUUAACGUUUCAUGCAGCCUACAGUACAACUAAAUUUAAGAGAAAUCCCGUCUCUCAUCAAUGGGAAUACUGCUUCUCAUGAAUAUCAAAUUAGAUUUUACAUGAACAUUAUUUAAUAUGAGUCAGUGUUCUGCUUCUAUUGUUGUUCUCAUAUAGCAGCACAUAUUAUUACUCCAAGAUGCUAAUUCGUUGUAUAGCUUCAACUUGAUAGACCUAUAAAGUUUAGAUGAAAGCAUUAUUUGUGUAUGUCCAUCAAUGAUAUUUGUGGGAUCCGCAAGUUUGAGAGAUUUACAAAGAAGGAUUUUACAGCACAAAGGGUUUUUUGGAUUAUGUAGGGAAACUUGUAGAACCCACGUAAAAAAUAGCUAAUAUUCCCAAUUCCAAUGGUACCAAAAUCUCCAAUUCCCCAGUAAUCUGUAAUCUGAACAUAACAGAUUAAAUUUCCGUGUACUUCUAAAUCUUUUUACCAUUCACUUUUACAACUUCCUCCACGAGGUUAUUCGUUUUAUUCAAUCUUUUUUCUUUUUAAUCUUCGAAGAUAUGUUACACUUUCAAAUGCUAUAAAAAUUGAGAUUCUGUAUUUUUGUCUUCAUCAAUUUUAAGCGAUUCACACCUAACUGUCCGAUCUACAUGACAUUUUCACUUACAAUCUAAAUAAAUAUUCAAUGUCUAUCUCAUUGAAAUGCUUCACAUACAUCAUUAUUCCUCAUGGUCCAUAUAAUUUUUGUGAAACUAUUUUUUAUAUUGUAAUACACGGAGAUGUAACUAAUGGUGGGUGUUAUUGAAUAUAUCUAUGGAUCAUGUCAUGUAUGAAAAUAUAUAGAGUUAGUUUCCUUCAAUUCCAUAUAAAUUUAUUUUUACUCCAAUAAAAAAAUGGAAAAUUUACCUUGGGCCUAACUGAGUACUUAUUGUCAUUAUUACAUCAUUAGCCUAGACGUAUAGUGCAGAAAUCUAUCAAAUUCAAAAUUUCAAAUUCAAAUAAUCUCUAUAUUCAUACAAGAAAAAAUACAUCAGCGGAGACAAUAUAUGCAUAAUGAAUAUCCCCCACAAAGACGACAAGUCUAGUUUCACUACUGUAUUUCAUAAAAACAUCUCAAAACACAAGAAAUCAUUAUUUCAUUAUUAUGAUCAUACACUUUUUUAAGUAUUUUUCCUGUGUCCAUAACUUAUUUUAGUUUCAUCCCAAGAAAUCAUUGGAUUUUGUCAGAAAAUUAUUAUUAUCACUACAUUCUUUCUGUCCAUUAGAAAUUACACGUAGCUAUUUGAGACAACCCAGAUCUAUUAAUUCAUUUACUGCUAAUUAUUGUAGAAUUUUUGUUACAGAUGACAAUAUAGUUCGUUCUAGAUGAGACCAUAGAGGAAAUAUUGCAUAUGCUAUCUCUUCUCUAUGAUGGAACAACCAAAUAAUUAUUAACACCAAUCCUGUAUGCUGUAUUCAAAAGUUAAAUAUUCUAGAAUACAAUAAUCGGCUUGGUUUGAAUAGACAACGAACAGUAAGCAGUGUUUGUUGAAUAUUUAUAAGAUGUUUUAUAUAAAUGUGAGCUAUUGAUAUGAUAUUAUAAUUAAUAUUAUAGGGUGUCUAGAAAGUUACGUGCCUGGUUAUCGUACAUCAAUAACAGCCAUAUUGAUGUACGACUCGUUGUUCAAUGUAUAUUAACUUCAAUGUAAGACAUAGUUUAGCUAUAUGUAACAAUCAACAGUUAUUAGUAAGUGAUUGAAUGUUAAAACAAAAUCCAUUAGGUAUCAUAUUAUGUGCUAGAAAGUGUGAAAUUAUUAUCACAAAUAUAAUUUUCACUGUGUUUCUGUAGUAUUGAUGUCAGUGAAUAAUUUGAAAUUAUUUUUGGUUAUUAUAUUUACAUGAAUAACCAGUAAAGAAUGGCACCUAACAAUCAUUAGCUUAGCUUAAGACAUAUGUCAAGAAAAUAUUAUAACAUUAUUAUUAAUAUU